AUGGCGGACGUCAGCGACGACGACGAAGACUGGUACGACACCCAGGCCGACGCCGACGACGCCGACGCCGACGCCGACGACGACGACGAUGCGAACCGGCAGCCAGACUCGUGGGAUGCGUUCUGGCAGCGCUGCGUGCGAGACAACGAGCAGGCGGUGCGCGACGCGGGCGGCGACCCGGCGAAGGUCCCGGGGCCGCAGAACCUACCCACCGGCAGGCACGGCGACGUCCUGAAGAACGGCGCCCCGGCCGACCACGGCAAGAUUCGGUGCUGGGGAUGCGACGCCAGGACGACCGCGCAGAUGGAGUGCGCGCAGUGCCUCGAGAUCAUGAAGGAACGCGCCGUCAAGGCGGCGUUCGAUAACUGGGAGCGAGCGUUCUUCUGCUCCCACCUGUGCUACAAGGAGCACUAUCACGAGCACAAGGCGAGGCACGGGCCGUCCAAGAGCGUGCCCACGAAGACGGACGGCACCAUUCACCACUUUCCGUGCGCCGAGGGCUGCGGGGCGCUGUGGGACUCCAAGGCGCUGCGGCGUCACGUCUUCGACGAGUGCGAACCGUACGAGUGA